AAGUCCACCUGAAAUUGCAUGCGCAAUAUAUUCAUUUAUUUAUUUAUUUAUUUUUUCAUUUAAUUUGCACUAUAAAUAACACAGACCCAGAACCUGCAUGUGCAUAUACAACAACAUUAAGCCUAUUAUUCCCAACAAGAACAUGAGGAACAUACUCAGAGCUCUCGGUUUUGGUUUUCUGAUCUUGUGGAUCAACUCAGUUUCAACUGAGUCAGAAGCACGGCCCUUCAACGUCCUGUCAUGGAGAAAGACACCCCAUGAAGGGGUUAGUAGUGGUUUCUUUGAUGGGAUAUCUCUGGGAGCAAUCAAGCAAUCGGGUCCGAGUCCCGGCGAGGGACACAAGUUCACCGACGGGAAAACUCUCGGCGGCAUUAAGAGCUCCGGUCAGAGUCCCGGCGAGGGACACAAGUACGUCGACUCCAAAACUCUCGGCAGCGUUAAGAAUUCCGGUCCGAGUCCCGGGCAAGGACAUAGAUUCACUGACAGUUACAGUCUCGGUGGGAUUAAGGAUUCCGGUCCCAGUCCCGGACAAGGACAUAAAUUUACGAAGAGUUACAGUCUCGGUGGGAUUAAAGAUUCCGGCCCCAGUCCCGGAGGAGGGCAUAGAUUUACGAACAGUUACAGUCUCGGCGGGAUGAAGGAUUCCGGUCCCAGUCCCGGGCAGGGAAAUAGAUUCGCAGAAAGCCGUGGACAAAAACACAAGUUAAUGGAUGGACGGACCGUUGGUGGCAUCAAGGCCUCGGGUUCGAGCCCUGGGGAAGGACAUUAAGUACGUUAAUGGCGGGCGUGUGCUUAUUAAUUAAGUAGAUGACAGCAUUUAAUUAAUCUAAUUCAUUUGGUUCAUUUAUUAAUUAUUGUUAUUAUUAUUAUUAUUAUUAUUUUUGGGUUUUUUUAGUGAAGGGAUUAUUUGUUUAAGAUUUAAAUUGUUUGUAGUUGGAAAAAUAUAUUGUACUUAAUUAUAAAAUAGAGGAAAAUAAAUAAAGGAGAAGAAAUUAAAUUAUUAGGCUAUAAGUGAAGUACUAUUUGUUCAAUAAUUUUUUUUACUAAUAAAAUUAUA